AUGGCGGUACCUUACGGAGAGCGAAAAGAACUUCCUUUGCCACCUGGAACUCGAAGUUCCACGAUUGCAAGCGAAAAAAUGUCAAAGAUAGAAAUCGAUAUGUACGGAAGCCCAGGAAAAGUUUUCUGCACGUGGCUCGCCGAUUCGGAAUACAAUGCGUACCAGUACGAUGGACUCUUUCGGAUCCAUGGAAAAGAGCGAUUCUGGCUGCAAAUGGCCGAAGCCUACUUUCUCACUUACAUGAUCGAGCUGGACGGAGGACGACUGAAUCCGGUCUCUGGUCGCGGACGCCAGGCCUCUAACGAUCUCUUCUGGGAUGUCUACAACGAAUUGUUUCAUCGAUAA